AUGACUGUUUUUGACCUUCUGUUUGCUGUAAACAAAGGUUCGUUGAACUUCCAAAUCCUACGAAAGGACAGCAUGGCAACUCUCGUAGAUAAAAUCUCAAAUCAAAAACUAAACGACAUGAAACUGCAUCAAGUUAUACGUUUGCUCCUUAUGAUAUACAUUGGACUGAUAAAAGAAACUGUCAGUAAAGUUACAAUUGUCGAUGAAUCAAUUCCAUUUAGCCCGAGAUUAUAUGGAAGAUCAGCCGUUACAUACAAUAAUAAAAUGUAUGUUUAUGGUGGACGAUAUGUGGCAGUUGUAGGACACUCUAGCGAUAUGUAUGAGUACAAUUUUGAUACACCAAAUGGAGAAACAGCAACAGUGUCUUUGGUGAAACAGAUAAACCAAGGCCCCAGUUGUUCCUUUUGUGGUGCUGUAAUGAUCGAUGAUAGCCACAUGAUGAUAUUGUCUCAUAAAUUCGCGGAUUAUUCCACUGGCUCCACAAAAAGUAGAACAGUAGUAAGACCUUACAUAUUUGAUUUUGUUAGCCUUACAUGGACUGAAAAAGAAGUUCCCACAUACAACCAAACAGACGAAAGUGCGUUUUACAUGAGGGCAAGACAUGGCACUGUUUUAGGCAAAGACGGGAUGAUAUAUGUGAUAGGCGGCACGAACUUUUACGAAGACAGAAACCCUUUAACAACGUCCUACUUUUACGAUCCUGUCUACAAUUACUACGGUAUUAUCGACAAUAAUGGAUUUGAUUAUAAAACUAUAGGACCCAGUACAUUUAAUCUACCUAGAAUGAUUUGUUUUGACAGAGAUGGAAACAUCGGCUCUGUUUUUGGAAGGAUAGGAGCCAAUAUUGAUACUGAAGAUUACAACUCGCAUAUGACAAUGAUGGUACUAGAUACCAAAAUCAAAACCUGGAUUAAAAACCAAACGUUGUCAUUGUCACCAUCAGACGAUAUUCUGCUUAAUCAAGAAUAUGACGAAGGAGUAACGGUUCAGUUGGUUCCGAACACUAAUUUUGCUAUAUUUUUUGGCACAAAGCUUAACACUAAAAGUUUGUAUAAUGUGGGAAAUGAAGCAAAUCCAAAGGUGCUAAAAAGACUAAACCUGGUUACAAAUGCAUGGGAUAUUAUUCAGGCAAAAAACUAUCGACAUUCGCAAUAUGAAAACAUUUACGCUUCGUCGGCCAUUAUUUCUAACGGGUAUAUGGUUUUUGCUUUCGGUACUUAUAAUUAUUACAAAGAUUCUGGAGUAUACAAAGAUGUAAAUAUAUUUGAACUACUAUACCAGAACCUUGAUAAUGAAAACACAUCCUCUCAUAACCUUUCGCUAAACUGGGUUCCAACUAUUUCCCAAUAUGAAGGUCCCUUUGUUUCUGAAACUGAUCCAAUUAUACAUGUUUUCCCUUCUGUUAUUCUCUUUGCAGUUCUGAUUUGUGCCAUAGCUAUCAUCGCUAUUAUCAUGUAUAUGCUUGUGAACCGGAAAACAAUAUGUUUCAAAGGAAAACGUACAUGCAGUUUUCAACGAAUUAUCGGUAUCUUUUGCAGUAGAAGAGCUGGUGAGACAUUUUCGACGCAGAUAUAUGGCCUGGUAACAAACCUUAUUUUUUUCUUGCUGUUUAUGCUUUUUAUUGCCUAUUUUGCAUACAACAUCAUCAACAGUUCUGUAUCAUCAACAGAAGAGAUUCUGGAAACUAAUGAUGUACCUUUCCCAGAUAUUCGCAUAUGUUACAGUGGAUGGUAUUAUUAUGGCUACAAUGACACUAAUGGCGUUUUUCCUUAUCUUGAUUGCUUGCCCUCAUCUAACCCGUCUGAUGUUAACUAUUGUGAAGAUGUUUACAAACUGCCAAGGUCUAUAGUUAGCCCAAAUUUUUUGGAAGGCGAAACAAUAUGCUACAUGUAUGCCCCACCAAUAGACAGACUUAAUUAUAUUCAUGAAGGUGCAUAUCUUAAUUUUCGCCACUCUGGUGGAGUCUCGGACUCUGUCGAACAGUCAAUUCAUAUUCAAAUUUAUGAACCGACCAAAAAUCCCAAUCGUGUAGUUUUCGAUAUAUCACCUUUCCCUCGUCAAUAUAGUGCCGAAUAUUUGGAUGAUUGGAUAGAUUUUCAACUCAAUAAUAGUUUUAUUCAUGGAACAGCGGGCCAAAAGAUAACUUUAAAUGGACUGUCAAGUGUGAACAUUCAUUUCAAAAUAACAUACACUCAAAAAAUUGAUCCCGAUAGCCUUUGGAAUUUAGUGGGAGUGUUUCCUAAUUAUAUUCAAAUUUCAGAGCUUAGUAUUACCAAUUCAGAAGUCUUUGGUAAUCAAAAUGCAGGAUAUAAAACUAAGUUCAUGGAACUAUACCCUUUAGACCAGCAAAAGACAGUAGUUACAGAAAAAAGGGACGUGACUAUUAUGUCCACUCUUGGCAUUUUAGGUGGUAUAGCCAGCAUGUUAAUAGCCUUGAGGGUUUUUUUGUUUGGUGCAAGGCCGGCAAAGCCAUGGGGAAUUUUUCAACGUCUUUCUUUCAAAUCACGUUGGGAACAGAGUAAAUCUAAAAACUUGAACAAAUUUUUUCGCAUUCCCGGAGUGGAAAAUGUGCCAUUUGUAACACCUGUGCACGAACGAUUUUCCAAUAUUCAUACUGUAAAUGAAGAUCACAGUUUGACUGCGGGUCGUAGCAGAUCGCUUAACGGAGAAAGAGAAAGAUUUCUUAGUGAACAAUCCGCAUCCGGUACACAAAUAGAUAGUUUUUCUAUCCAUAACAGCAUCGAGAAGGACAAGAAUAGUGAAUUAAGCAAUUCUGAUUAUAAUAUGCAAGAAAGGUUGGAACAGAUUGAAGCCAGAAACCAAAUUUUAGAGUUAGUAUUGAAGGCGUAUUAUAUGGAUGACAGGGUAUUUCGCGAAAUACAUGAAAAUAUCAAAAAAGAAGCCCAUGCAGAAAGAACCUCGUCAUCAGAAGAAGUAUCAAACGAAGAGAAACAAGUUUAAUGAAGGCCGCC